UGUUUCAACAUGGCGGCAGCAGCGAAAAGAAGUGGCAGUUCGGGAAUAUUUUGGAUGAAUGGCGGAUCAGAUGAAGAACAUCCCUUGGUGUUUGCUCCUGGAGUGGAUGGAGAGGUGAAGACUCGGACCCCUUUCAAUUUGGGACAAGGCAGCACCAGUACAUCCAAUAAAAGAGGCUCCAAAAUGCAAAUAAAGAGUGCCUCUGACUGUAAAAAUCAGGUGACACAAAAGAGAAGAGGCAAAAUGCAGGGCCACUCACAGAGCGCUCUCUCUGGGUCUUAUAUUAAGGAAAAAGUGUCAGCCUGCCACACUGCUGCUGUGACCGCUGAGCAGACCAUUUCCCCGCCCUCUGGCACAUUUCUCCCCUUGUCACAGGUAAUCUGCGACACCAGCAGAGCGAAGAGCGAGGUGUGUUUGAAAGACCUCUGUCCAGAAGAUAAACGCCGAAUUGCAAACCUCAUUGAAGAACUUGCGAGGGUUAGCGAGGAGAAAGAGGAGUCCGUGCAGCGCCUGAAAGAUGAACAGGGAAAUUUUGAACGAAAGAUCCAGCAGCUGGAGCAACAGAAUCUGAUGAUAGCACAGGAGAGAGAGAGCCUGCAGCAGCAGUACAGAGAGUGCCAGGAACUGCUUGGACUCUACCAACAAUAUCUUUCUCAGCAACAGGCCAAACUCAACCAGUCCAUUGCCCAGCUCACCCAGCCACCAACCCACAGCAAGGUGCUCAGUAGCGAGGAGGCCCCCAGCAGGACAUCUACAAGCAGAGCUAAUGGCUCACUCUUUGAUGGCUCAUACCUCAGCCUGGCUGCUACCGGACCACAGCCACCUCAAGUGUACAGGAGUGGUGAUGGAAGAGAAAGAACAGUAAGAGCUUUUAGAAACCCCGCCUCUCUUUCCUGUGUUGAUGAAUUAAGUCUAGCUGGUGGGCCGAUCAAACAGCAGAUGAGUCAAAAUUGGGAGUGCAGGGAGCCACACUCAUGCCAUAAAUGUGAGCACUGCCAGUGCAGUGGUCAUGACACUGGCUAUGGAACACAGCAAUGGAGAAGUAACAACAUCUCUCAUCUAGUAAACGGCCACCAUGACAACUUUACCCAAGAGGCCUGUGAAAGGCUGCAGAGUGAGAAUACCAUGUGUUCAGAGGCUAAGGAAGCCCUAUCCAGGCCUCUGCUGGGUCAUGAGGACUGGGAGGAGAAGAGGCACCAGCUUCUGCUGCAGAAGAUACAGUUGGAGAUGGAGCGAGAGAGGCUGCAGGCACGGCUGACUGAGCAGGAGGAGCGGCUCAAUAGACAGAACCAGCAGCUACGCCAGUCACGUCUUGAUUACAGCAGGUUUAAGCAAGCUACUCAAGCUGAGGUCAGCAGCUCAAACAUUAGGAAUGGAGAUACAGAGCCACAGGGUUCCACCUACCAAGAUUUACCCUCCAGUGUGCGUGAAGAUGCAGAAGCACAUCCUGCAGGACAGAACUUGCAUGAAAAACACUCUCAAACGGUGCCUGCUCCUGUGGACGCUGGCGAUGAUCCCUUAAAACGAUCCAGAAGGGACAUGGCCACAUCUCCAACAAAGUCCCCUGCAGGCCUGAAUAAGCCCACUUCAGCAUCUGUAAUCCCAAAGACCCCGGAGGCCAGGUCGGACUUUUCUGUGGUUGAGUUAUUGGAUAUCUUCAGUCCCGUCUCUGCACGGGAGCAAUGCAAGCCAACCAUGCGAAGACCCAAGACGUCGCAGCAUAGGUCUGCCCUCGCUGCCCCCACAUCAGUGGGCCGAACCCUGCUUAGCUCCGGUUUGGCUUAUCCUCAGAGUACACAGCAGGAUCUGGAAGAAAGUCAAAUACUGGAAGAUAUUUUCUUCAUUUGCUGACAAAGAGGAAAAUGAAGAGCAAGAAAAGAAAAGAACUCAAUCACUUGACAUUCACCAGUUUGGUCUUAACUCUUUUUAAAAUGUCUUUCCUUUAAUUUUCUAAUGACACUCUGAAAUAGGAACGAAUGUUAUGUUGCUGAUUGUGCUAUUGUUAUACUGUGAUGUUUUUGAACAAUACAAAUAAAAGCUUAUUUAUUCAGAA